CACAGCUCUAUUUUUCAACACUGCUUAAAAACAGCUGUUGUACAUUUUGUUUGUUAUGAAGCGAAUUUUUAUAAGCUUUAUUUUGCCUUAAUUAGAUCACAUAGGCAAAUAUCACACUUAUUUAAAUAGUAAGCUGUUGAAGCGAAAAGUGUAUUAGGGUAUGUGUCAAUAUUUAUAUGAUGUUGGAAGUAUACUAAAUUCAAAAUUUGCAGUCAUGGCCGAUGAGCCGUCAGAUGCGCUUGGCACGCCCCCGACGUCAAGCGAACAAACGUCAUAUAUAUUAAAACUGAACAAUGAUUGCCUAGAGUGUAUAUUCGAGAGACUUCAAGAUCUUCGCAGUGAAGUAGCCUUCGCCAGAGUUUGCCAACGCUUUCAAUGGGUAUGUCUGAAUCGAUGGCGCGGCUCUCAUACCUACGAUCAACUAGAUAUGGAGAAAUGGCGCGAAUUACUGCCAAAUUAUGAGGACCUUUGCUAUUUUAUAAAACAAAUGCGUCCCUUUAUACGACACAUGACUGUGUCGAGUUGUUUGUGCACAUUACUGAAAGACCUGGACGAAAUGCAAAUUUACGUGCUGCCCAAUGUAACCAGCUUCUAUUAUGAUCCCGAAGAUGUGGAUUGCUAUCCAUCAGAUCGUAGCAUAUGCAAAAUGGCAAAAAUGAUGCCGAAUCUGUUACGACUUCGCCUAACCACGCCAAUACAGGGGCGUUACCUAUCCAACUUUCGGCAUCUGCAGGAGUUACACUUGUACGAAGAUCAGCAUAAAGCAUAUGAACUGCAGCAGGAAUAUCUAGAUGAGAUCUGCAGUCAGUUGACUAAUUUACAAGUGCUGGACAUUCGGAUGUACGAUGUUAUAAGCAAACUGCGGCUCAAUAAUUGCGUCGCCUACCUCCAGAAUCUCACCAUCUUGAAGCUCAACUUGGCUACCUUGAAAACAGUCAUCACCGAAGUGCUAAAGCUGCCAUCACUUAAGGAACUGAUUGUACUGCUCGACACCGAGUUUUGCAUACCACCAUUAGCAAGUGUGGAUAGCUACGACCAUAAAAUACGAGAAGUGCAAGAAUUCUAUGAAAUAAUGGAACGCAAGGCACCAGAUAUUAUAGGUGUCGCCGUUGACGGUUAUUAUAUGCCUUUGGAACCUGGCUGGGACGCGGAUUUGUCCAUUUGGUCUCAUCAAAAGCUCCAGCGAUUAGCAAUUUGCAGCUGGACACAUGCCGUGGACUUUCUGGAACGCUAUACCUGCAUGACAAAUCUUCAAUUGCUGUGCCUGCGCAAUUGGACAUAUCUGUGCGAUGACAUUCUGCUCAAAUUCGUUGAGUUGUGUCCACACCUUCAUCAUCUUGAUGUGUCCUAUUGUCGUGAACUGACGCCCAAUUUUCUACAACGUGCGCUCAACAUUUUAAAGAAGCGCGAGCCAAACAAACAAAAUAAUAGAUAUUUGCGUACUCGACCACUGCUAAUAUAUUAUGUUUUAUGCGGCUUUGAGGAUUAUGUUGAUGUCAAAGAUCUUAAACAUUCUCCAGACUACAAGGAGUACAUUUCGUUCAUGGACGCCUUUCCUGUUAGCUCUGAACGAGGCCUGAGUUUCGUAGAUCGCGGCUAUCAAUUUGAUUUUGAGUAAUAUAUUGGGAAUACAAUUUUCUCUUGUACAUAAAAAAACAGAUCAUCAGUUUAUUGUAAAUCCUCUAGGAUCGUGACAUUAUUUAUUGUAAAUGUAUGUUCUUUUAUGUUAAGUGACCGACAAACUUCGAACCAAUUGCAGACACUAUUAAUUAUGUACAUAAAUGUAUAUGUA